AUGGCACAAACCAUCCCAGACUGGCUGAGAAUAAUUCUGAUCCUGCUCAGCGGGGCUUCUUACCUGCCCCAGCUGCACCGCAUCUGGGUGCGCGGGAAUGGCCAGGGCAUCUCGCUCGGCUACCUCCUGCUAAAUCUCAUCAGUGCGACCGAGCAAUUUACAAUAGGGUUCUUUCUCUUAGUGAAUCACGAGGGCGGGACGGAUAUCUUCAUUCAAACUCCCAAAACGACCGGUGACUGGCUGAACCUGGCCCAGCUCACCGUGGUUUGGGUCCUGCAUCUCCUCCUCUUUAUCCUAUGUCUCUGGUUCCCAUCGGAUCACCACACCUGGUAUAAGCUUGGGCUGCUGACGAUUUACAUUCUCUUCGCUUUCAUCUCUGUUAUACCACUCUUCAUUGACGCUAUCGAUCGUGAUUACUUCAAUGACCCGGCAUUCCCCGGAUGGGGUCAAGCCCUCUUCAGCGGCUACCAUGCGAUGUUCAUGAACCCGAUCGUCACGAUCCUCGCUCUCGUUGCGCUCCCUUGCCAAGCGCGGGCUAUCCGUGCCCUACCCAUAGGAGAUCUAAAAUCCCUCAGUCUGCUGGGGCUACUAAUUCAGGGCGUCGUAUUUGGCGUGAUGGCGAUCUCGUGGCCGUUGCGGGUGAGAUUCAUGGAUCUGUCUUUUAGAGAGGUAAUUGCGCACGGGUUCUUAACAUUCGUGAGCUGGUACCAAACGGCCGGGUGGGCGGCAGUGGACAACGCGGUGUUUGCGUUAGUGCAGUCAUCGUUGUUCUAUUUGGCGAAGAACCGGGGGACGGUGAAGAUGGCCGCGGUUGAUAGGGAGAGAGAACCUUUACUAGGGGCGCUCGCAUAA